UAACUGCUGGGCCCCAGAGCUGACACUCACUGCUAACUGCUGGGCCCCAGAGCUGACACUCACUGCUAACUGCUGGGCCCCAGAGCUGACCCUCACUGCUAACUGCUGGGCCCCAGAGCUGACCCUCACUGCUAACUGCUGGGCCCCAGAGCUGACACUCACUGCUAACUGCUGGGCCCCAGAGCUGACACUCACUGCUAACUGCUGGGCCCCAGAGCUGACACUCACUGCUAACUGCUGGGCCCCAGAGCUGACACUCACUGCUAACUGCUGGGCCCCAGAGCUGACACUCACUGCUAAUAGUGAGCCUGGGGGGCCCAAGAGCUUACAGUCACUAAUGACUGCAGGGCCCAAGAGCUGACACUCGCUUUUAAGAAGACGUCCUGCCCCAGGUAACAAAUAGCCUGCCGAGCCAAAGAGCUGACACUCACUGCUAACAAGGCGACGACUAGGCCCAAGUAACAAAGAACCUGCCGGGCUCAAGAGCUGACACUUGCUCUGGCCAUACCCACCAUUAGUAAACAAGUUUGCUCCAAGAGCUGACACUUACAAUAGUCUUCCCAUAGCGCCUCCUGGAGUACACGGAACACUCUCUAAGGACUGUUGUGUUUUUUUUUCUUUUUUUUUUUAUACGUAUAUAUUUUUUCCCUGCUCCUGGCCCACCAUGGCGCAGCAGCAGAUGACCAGCUCGCAAAAGGCGCUGAUGCUGGAGCUCAAGUCACUACAGGAGGAGCCAGUGGAAGGUUUCCGCAUCACCCUGGUGGAUGAAAGUGACCUGUAUAACUGGGAGGUGGCUAUCUUCGGGCCCCCCAAUACUCUCUACGAGGGGGGGUACUUUAAGGCUCAUAUAAAGUUCCCUAUAGACUAUCCGUACUCUCCACCAACUUUCCGUUUCCUGACAAAGAUGUGGCAUCCCAAUAUAUAUGAGAAUGGUGAUGUCUGCAUCUCGAUCCUUCAUCCGCCUGUAGAUGACCCACAGAGUGGAGAGUUGCCUUCAGAGAGGUGGAACCCCACCCAGAACGUCAGGACUAUCUUGCUGAGUGUGAUCUCACUGCUAAACGAACCAAACACCUUCUCCCCGGCCAAUGUAGAUGCUUCUGUAAUGUUCAGGAAAUGGAGGGAUAGUAAAGGAAAAGACAAGGAAUAUGCGGAAAUUAUUAGAAAACAAGUGUCAGCAACUAAAGCAGAAGCAGAGAAAGAUGGCGUGAAAGUUCCCACCACCUUGGCAGAAUACUGCAUAAAAACCAAAGUGCCUUCUAGUGACAACAGCUCAGACUUGCUUUACGACGACUUAUAUGAUGACGACAUAGACGACGAAGAUGAAGAGGAAGAGGAUGCCGACUGUUACGAUGAUGACGAUUCUGGAAAUGAAGAGUCGUGACGCUCUCACCUGCGUGUGUUUAUUCUCUCUCCUCUCACAGCCUGACCCUUAGACCUUCCUGCGCUCUGUUCCUCGGCCUCUCCUGCUGACCCUCCUUCCUUGCUGACUCAGGCCACAAAUGGAGUAGCGUUUGCCUGGCUUGGUGUGCUGCUGGGCCCAAGCUAUAGGAUAUAAAGAGACCAGUCUUCUGCUGUAUAGUGCAGUUGCACACACUUGGAUUUUUAUUUUACCUUGCUCCAUUUCUAUGGACCUAUCAAGGAGAAUACAAGGGAUGGGGGGAAAAAAGCACCUCACAGAAUUUCUGAAAUUCUUGCUGCUGACCUGCAAGCGUCGGUGCAACGCUAUUCUUUACUUUUUAAUUUCCUAGAAAUCACUUCUUUCUCCUGCUUUUCCUGUUUAUAUACCUUUUUAAGCGAUAUUUGAAAACUUUAAAAAAGGUAAACAAAACAAAAAAAAGAUAAAAAGAAAAAAAAUUGAACUGACAGUCUGACUCGUUUGGUUCACGUUUCAACCCGUGUGGAUGUUUUCAGACAGAAAAAUUUCCCUUUUCUGCAAUUUUUUUUAUUUAUUAUUUUUCCAUUUUUGUUUUCAGGUUUAUUUUUAUUCUUUUUCAACAUAGUUUUGUAACUUUUUAUCCUACUCCCAUACAACAGACUGGAGUCGUCACUUCAGGGUCAUCAUGCCAAGGUCUAGCUCCAGUGAUCAUGUGUGUUCCAUGUUACGUUUACCUCAGCCAGACCACCAACCCACGCCUGUCUCAACCUCAAAAACAAAGGAAAAAAAAAUCUGUGAUAAGGCUGCAUUUCCAACGAGGUGUCUCUGCAGAGCCGGAGUGUGCGCUCACUACUACUAGUACUACUGCUGCUGCUGUUUGUGCUGAUGGCUUUUUGUGAUGUCAUUAAAGGUUUGAAAUAAAAAAUAUAUAGAUAUAUAUACUGUAUAUAUAAAGCUAUAAAAGAAGCAGAGUAUAGAACAGAAGAUGCAUCUUGGUUUGCGGCACAAUUUUCAGCACCGUCUUGUUGCUACACCCUUUAAGGCUUCCCAGGAGAUUUCUAUGUGCAAAAGGUCAUGGCUUUGCAAAUUUAUUAUCAUCUAUAAUCUUUUUUUUUUUUUUUUUUUUUUUUAUUGACCUUUUUUAGACUUUUGUUAUUCUUU